AUGCCCGUCGCACCAUUCCAAUCCUGUCAUCUUUGGUGCCAUCAACUGACCUCGUUUGGAUUCCAGGAGGAUACUGAACCAAUACAGCAAUGGGCGGUAAAUUCUAUCACGGACUGUCAAGUCCAGCAGAUCAACCAUCGAAAGCAAGGCCCCGUUCUUCCUACACUCGUCAUUUCUAUAGUCGAUAAAGAGAAAAAGCGCCGUUCCAGUCGAGCUGCUGGUCUUAUAUCAUCGAAUAAAGAAGCUAACGCUACAACUCUUUGGUUCCGCACGCCCCCGGACGAUCACCAUCUGAGUUUACACGAGUGGGCGCGCAACAUUCUUUCCAGGAAGUCCCCAAUGAGUCCAGAAAGCCCGAUGUCGCCCCAGUUCUCAAAUCCAUUUGCAUCUAUGUCCCGCGAUACUUCUGAAUACUUCUCCCGCCCGCCUAGUGGGAAUCGAUCCGGCCGUUCUGAUCCCCGAAGCCUUCAGCAUAAAAGCUCGACUACUACUCAAUCAACAUCAACCACUACCACUACCACAACUAGAGAACGACCUCUCACAUUUAGUUCCGAAUCGCCCAGCCUACGAUCGAAGCGCAGUGACAUUUCUUCGCCUUCAAGCAACAAUUUCCCAAUCCAGCAAAUGAACUUUCCAGUUCCUGGCCAACACUAUACCACAGUCCUCCCAACUGAUCUGCCAUCUCCUGUCAAUACCACAGGGGACUACCAAGGAGAAUUCAUUGAAGGCUGGACAUCCGCUCAAGGUAGAUCAUCGACGAUGAGUUCGCCCAUCCGAGGACGUAGUAGCAUUGGCUCUCAACCACCACAUCCUUCCAUUGCCACGGUUGAAUCCAGCUCUCCACCUGGACCCCGUGAGACUAUUCUCGACCGGGCUUUUCAAAUGCGGUGCAUUCCUGGCUCGGAACGGGAGGUUCCUGGCGAGGAGAAACUGAGCUCCUUGGCUCGGUUCGAUGCAUUGAUGCGCGAAGCUGAUGACAAAAUCAAACAGAGGGAAGAAGCUGAACGAGCUCAGCAAAUGGCAAUGCGAAGUGCUUUUGAGGCUUCCGAUAGUUCCAGCGACGAAGAUGAUAGUGAUUCGGAUGAUUUGGACGAAGGAGCAUAUGGUGGUGUGCCUGAUCGAAGAGGACCAGCUUUGAUACCCUCAACGCAACGUGCCCUUCAAUUUAUCGCUGAUCGUGGGGACCCAGCACCUUUGUCGCCUUCUACUCGUUCUUCGGUGUCGAGGGCCCCUAUACUACAGCAAUCCCCCCCGAUGAGACCUCAUACGGCACAUGCGAAAACUCGACCAAGCCCUACACAGCGAACAAAUAGUACACCUCACUUGAUCGCCAACAUGGCCAGGUUGGAAGUGACAACAUCCGCCAAAAAAGUGUCGGAUGAUUCCUCAGUGAGGUCGAGUGGAGAUAAACGUCUAUCCACGUCGAGCACUGCUACCAAAAGGUUUGAGUUUUACUGA